CACAUAUAAAAUCGUGUGUGUGUGUAGUAGGUUUCUUUAACAGUUUCAAAGGCUAUACACCAAAUUAACAGUGCUUUAUCAUCUAAAUCUCUGGAAUAAAAAACCUUAAGAAUGAAAAAAUUGAAAGUAAUACUUGCUUAACCUAGUUUACAUUAUUGUGAAGGAUUGCUGCAAGGAGCAAAUGCAUUAGGGAAUGUGAAUUAUUCUGAAAAUUAAGUUCUAUUUGAAUAUGAUGAAGUAGAAAUAGCAAUAGUGACUUUUGAGUGUCAUUUCAGUGUAGAGGUAAAGGCCAUUUUGAAGGGAGUUGAGGAAUCAAGUCAGAGUCGUGAAUAUCAGUUACUUACUGAUUUGGCAGUGAAAAGAGACUAGAAAUUGGAUGAUGGAGACUUCUCAACUUUUUAAUUUGAAAAAUUUCUAGCUUAAAAGUUGAAAAUCCCAUGAAUACUGACAUAGCCUCCAUCUGGAUUCAGCAAUAAUUAACAUUUUUGCUACAUUUGUUUUAACUGUCUGCAUAUAUAUAUAAUUUUGUUGGGGUCUUUUUGUUUGUUUUCUAAAGCAGUUGAAAGCACAUUGUAGGCAUUAUGACACUUUAUCCCAAAUACUUCAACAUGCGUUAUCUUAACAAUAAGGACAUUUUCCUAUGUUACCACAGUACCAUGGUCACACUUAAGAAAACUAUUAACGCUACAAUAUCUUCUAAUAUCCAUUCCAUAUUCUAAUUUCCCCAGUUGUAUAGAUUUUUUUUUUUUGGUAGGAAAUUUUGUUUCCUCAGUUUGUGAUCCAAAGUUUAUACAUUGCCUUUGCUUGUUAGGGCUCAGUAGUCUCUUUGAACCUGCCCCAUUCCUUCUGUCCUUUUAUCCCCUCACAACAUUGACCUAUGAAAGGUCUAAGCCAGUUGUCUUGUAACAUGUCCUACAUUUUGGGUUUGUCUGGUUAUAUUCUCAGGGUGUAGCUUUUCUUCUUAAUUAUUUCAGAUAACCUUCAUCAGAAAGAAUGGAGUUGGGAAAAGGAACAUUUCUCAGGAGAGGGCUGAAUGCGUUGUAUCAAGCAGUACAUCCAAUUCACGGCCUUGCCUGGACCGAUGGGAAUCAGGUAGUCCUGACUGAUGUGCAGCUUCAGAGUGGGGAGGCCAGGUUUGGGGACUCGAAGGUCAUUGGACAAUUUGAACAUGUUUAUGCGGUGUCCUGGGCCCCACCUGGUACAGCAGACACACCCCCUCUGCUCGCUGUCCAGCACAGGCAGCAUGUCACCGUGUGGCAGCUGUGUCCCAGCGCUACAGAAACAAGCAAGUGGUUGAUGUCUCAGACCUGCGAGAUUAGAGAGUCACACCCUCUCCUUCCCCAAGGCUGUGUGUGGCACCCAAAAAGUACUGUCCUGACUGUGUUGACUGCACAGGAUGUCUCCAUUUUUCAUAAUGUUCACUGUGAUAGUUCCCGAGUAGAAGUGGACAGCAACACCCAGGGCCUCGUUCAUUGUGCAUGUUGGACCCAGGAUGGCCAGAGGCUGGUGGUGGCAGUAGGCAGCAGCCUGCGUUCUUAUAUUUGGGACAGUGCUCAGAAGACUCUUCACAGGUGCUCUUUCUGCCCAGUAUUGGAUGUGGACAGCGAUGUGCGCUCCAUCAGGGCCACUGUGGACUCACAGAUGGUCAUAGCCACUGAACUUCCAAUGGAUAAGAUUUGUGGCUUAAAUGCAUCUGAAACCUCUGACAUUCCACCUAAUAGUGAAGACAUUUGUCUGUAUACUUCACCAGUUACUGAUGAGGUGCCCUCUGUGGAUAAGGGGGCAGUCCCUUCUGGAACAAAUUCCGACACAUCAGUUUCUCCCUUUUCUUCUUCCUGUUUAGAUCCUCUAGAUCUAACUCAUAUACGUUUCAAUAGAUCUAAGUCUGAGAGUAAUGCCCUUAUUUGUCUAAGAAAAAAGGACUGCUUGACAGGAACUGAUCUGGACUCUUCACAUUUGGUCCUUGUGACCUUUGGGAACAAGAUUACCCAGACCAAAAAAGUCACCAUUCCAGGCAUUUUGGUUCCUGAUCUAAUAGCAUUUAAUCUUAAAGCAAAGGUUGUGGCAGUGGCUUCCAAUACUUGUAAUAUAAUUUUUAUCUAUUCUGUCAUUCCAUCAUUUAUGCAAAACAUCCAGCAAAUUCAGUUAGAGAGUAGUGAAAGACCAAAAGGCAUAUGUUUCUUGACAGAUAAAUUAUUAUUAAUUUUGGUAGGAAAACAAAAAUCCACUGAUUCAACAUUUCUUCCUUCUUCGAAAUCCGAUGAGUAUAUUAUUCGCUUGAUUGUUAGGGAAGUAAUGUUGGAAGAGGAAUUUCCAGUAACAUUGAGUGAAAACCAAAGUGGCUACUCUACUUUUAGUACUCUGUUAAAUAAAGCAGAGAGAAAAAAACUAAUUGAAAGUCUUUCCCCAGAUAUUUGUCACCAAAACAGAGGGCUCUUGUUAACAGUUAAUAGCAGCAGUCGAGGUGGAAGGCCUGGAAGUACCUUUAUUAGAGAAAUCAGAAGUCCUCCAUCCAGUGUCUGUGAUGACUCCAUAGCCCUGGAUGCCAAGCCUGUGAAUCUGUCAGUGAUGGUGCCCAAACCCAACAGCACACCAGACUACACCAGCACCCCGGAACCUCUUGAUUUUCCCCAAAGAAAGAAUUUACAGCAGGAAAAGGAAACUUCUCAGCUCUCUAAGGAACUGGAAACCUUAUCUAGGAAACUGAGUGAAGUAGAGCGAUGUCUUUCUGAACUCACAGACUUCCUACGUAAUGGAAAGAAAUCCUCUCCAGCGUAUCCACUGUCUCAGGAUCUGUCUUAUGUCCACAUCUCUUGCCAGAAGUGUUAUGUAGGAUCUGUUGUUGAAAAAAGAGAUGUGCUUCUCUGCAAUGGCAAACUAAGGCUCAGUACAGUGCAGCAGACUUUUGGCCUCUCUCUUAUUGAAAUGCUACAUGACUCCCGCUGGAUCCUUCUCUCUGCUGAUAGCGAAGGCUUCGUCCCAUUAACUUUUACAGCCACACAGGAAAUAAUCAUAAGAGAUGGUGGCAGCUCCAAGUCAAGUAUCUUCAGAGAGUCUCUGUCUCAGAGUCUUGAUUUUGUCCUCUUGAAGUCUUUAGAGACCUUACAGCCCGAAGUUUAGAUGCCACCGGCUGUUCUAACAACGUAGGCAGUAUGACCCGAUACUUGUUUGUAGAGUAUUUGGUGCAUAGCUUUUCAGGUGAGACCUUUACAGACAAGAUCUGUUUUCACUGUGGGCUCGCCCCACUCACUCUGUCGCAUGGAGGUGAAGCACUUGCCAUGGUUGGCUUGGCCACUUUCCCUGCUGUCCCCCCAGGCUGAGGCUCACUUCUCUGUGGAGGAGGCGGUCUUUGUUGGAUGACUCAGAAAGUGCUUGUUUAUGUAUUCACGAGGUGUGGUUUUGUCUUAGGGCAGAAUUCCCAGAACAAGGCAGUAUAAUGGUGCCCUAAGGAUUGUGUUUUAUGGUUUCUCUGAGGCUUUCUGUCCCUGGCCCAGAGCUGUGUUAAAGCUGUCUUAGAAGCACUUAAAAGGUACCUCAGCGUGUUUUAGAUCUUUCUCUUGGCUUAAAGAUGAGGGUAAGGAGUGCAUAUGCUUCAGCCCAUCCUUUUUACCCCAAACCAGCAGGAGUCUACAGAGCUCAGUGGAAGAUAGAAAGCUCAUUGAUUGCUACCCCAGGGCUCCCUAGAACAGGAAUUAGUUAUACUGUCGGCUGGACCUUCCAGAAUUUAAACCUAACCCUAACCCUCUUGCUUACUUAAGGAAUUCUUGCUGUCUAAGGUCCAGAUACUACUAAAAACACUCCCUGGGCAAAUUUCAAAUGACAUUUCAAGUGCUUUGACUCUUUUAGAUCACACGUGGGCGUGGGCUGAUGUCACUGUAUGAUGCCAGGAACAGGCGAGAUCUAGGACAUGGUUUUAUGCUCUUGCCUCUCCUGAUUUUCUCCCUGAAAAUUUUUUUUGCAGUUUGGGAUUAUAAAAAAUACCCUUUUCUCUCCUUGUAAUCAACUCUUAAAUUGUAACUUUAAUUUUGGUGUUUUUCUUUUCCUUCCAGUCAAGGCUUAGAGACCAGCAUAGAGUCUGUGAGAGAAAAUAUUUCAGAAAACUGGAAAUUUCACUGGAUCUGGGGUAGUUCUAAAAAGUACCAGUUAUUAUAAAUAAGGGCUAAAGGGCCAGCUUAGUGUGGUAGGAAGAGCCCUGAUCCCAACUCUAGAUGGACACAGCACUUCUCAGUGUCUUCACACACAAUUAUAACUUUCAUUUGCUGCAGCCUAACAAAUCAGUCUGUGUGCGGCUUAGUCAGGGCACAUCUACAGAGACCUUGUCUCAGCCAUAGGAGCUCCAUUAGCACAUAGGCAAUUUUUUUCCAUUUCCUUUAAAAUUAUCUGGAAAGAAAUAUUUUAUACCCUUGGGGACUCCUGUCUGUCUGUUACAGUUUAUGAAGAUGGAGCUGGGAUAGGAAAGAAACAAGGGCCUAUUUUGUGGUUCAGAUGCAUUAGAGAGAGCUGCUGAGAUAAUGGAAGUGGAGGCCACGUGUCUGUAAUCAGUUGCCUGAGAGCAGUAGCUGAGUACAGUGUGAGGCCUGGCUCCAUUUUCCAGGGGGGAUGAAAGCACUAUUGUGAAGCCUAAAGGGGGAAGGGGGGGCCUGUAGUAAGGUCAAGAUGGGUGCCUCAAGGUGUAUGUUAUAAUCAGCAUUUCUCUGGUCAGAAUCCUGUGAAUGAGUCUUCAAUAAAAUCACUCAUGGUUGAUGCCGAUGCUGUGAA